UUGAUUGACAGAUUAUCCCGAGCCCACUUGUAAGUGGUAGGGAAGUGGACUUCCAACAAGUUCACUUCUGAUUGGUGAGAGUUGUUGCCAUAGAAAUGUCUACAAGUACCAACGUGGUCCAAUCACUGGUUACUGAUGUUGUCUGGCUCCAACUUGGCGGCUUCCGUAUCGCAAAAAUUGGCGACUGAAUUGACGUCAUUUUGUUGGAGCGGGAAGUAAGCCCUUUUCAAGGGGUGACAUCACAGUCACUGUCCAGUUCUCAUAUAAAGUCAGGACAAAGGCAGGGAACAGGUUACCUGUCAAUCAUAGGACAAUAAUCACAAACUGCUCACAAUUCAAAGUCACCAAUCAGCCUAAGAAACAUGUUUUUGGACUUUGGAAGGACGCCGCAGUACCUGGAGAACCGAUGUCAGAACAUUCCAAACCCUACACAGAAUAGAGCUAGUCUAUGGUACUGCUGUGUAUGAUAGAACAGGAGAGAAACGGCAGCCGAAUGGGUAGUUAUUCACUAACUUGUAGUGUUUGUUCUUCAUCAUGUGGGAUCCAGGAGCAGAGAAACAACCCGGUCCAAUCUGCAGCCCACAGCUACUUAAAUUCCAAACCCAAGGCAACUUGUCUGAACCUGGCCAGCCAGCAGCUAGCAUUUUCCCCCACCACACAUGCACACACGCGCGCACACACACACACACACAAUACUUCUGAAAACGCAGCAUAUUCUUGGACUGGGGCUAAUUUUAUCCUGUCGAGACACGAAGAUCCCUCUUCCAAGAUCUGGGAGGAAUGAGGCAGCCUGCUAAGACCUGCCCAGAAAGGUGUGAAGAGAGAAAGGAAGGGUUAGGGGGCAGCUUAACAGCUACACAAGAAGCAGAUGCAGAUGUGCACAGCGGGGAUAUAAUGGCAUUUCCUUUUCUACCUGAUCUUCUGUAAGAAGCAGAAGAGACAGAAUUCAGGUGAAUGUGCGUAUAGAUGUGUGACAGCGGAGUGUGUGAGGACAAGCCCCCCGCCCCCCCUGUCAGGAUGAGCAGUCAAGGAGGAGGAGUCAAGGACACCCAGUCAGCCAAUCACAGCUCUCGGCCGCUUCCAUCCGAACCGGAGGAGAAGAAGUCCAGAAACAAGAUCAUCUCCAUUUUUGCCCCAGAGAAAGGAGGCAGGAAGAAGGACAGAGACAAGGACAGACCUGAGAUCUCCUCCCCGUCAGACUUUGAACACACCAUCCAUGUGGGCUUUGACUCUGUUACAGGAGAAUUCACUGGAAUGCCAGAGCAAUGGGCUCGGCUCCUUCAAACCUCCAACAUCAGUAAGUUGGAGCAGAAGCAAAACCCUCAGACUGUCCUCACCAUUCUCAAAUUCUACGACUCCACCAGUGGAAAGCAGAAAUACAUCGGUUCAGAUAAAGAUUCGCAGUUGCCGGGAAAACAGAGUACUGCAGCCUCACCGUCUGGGAAAGAUGUUGAUGAUGAGGAUGAUGGAGAUGACACACCUCCUCCAAUUGUGGCUCCAAGACCACCUAAUACAAUAUCUGUGUAUACUAGAUCAGUUAUCAACCCAAUCCCACCUCCAGAUGCAGACAGUAACUCUCAGGCAGCAGAUAAACAGAAGAAAAAAGGGGGAAAGAUGACCGAUGAGGAAAUCAUGGACAAACUAAGAACUAUUGUCAGUAUUGGGGAUCCCAAGAAAAAAUACACCCGCUAUGAGAAGAUCGGCCAAGGGGCUUCCGGCACAGUUUACACAGCCAUAGAUGUUUCCACUGGUCAAGAGGUGGCCAUCAAACAGAUCAACCUGCAGAAGCAGCCAAAGAAGGAACUCAUCAUCAACGAGAUCUUGGUCAUGAAAGAGCUCAAGAAUCCCAAUAUUGUCAACUUUGUUGAUAGCUUCCUGGUCGGUGACGAGCUGUUUGUGGUGAUGGAGUACUUAGCUGGAGGCUCUCUGACUGAUGUUGUUACAGAGACGUGCAUGGAUGAGGCUCAAAUUGCUGCCGUCUGUAGAGAGGUCCUGCAGGCUCUGGAGUUUCUUCAUGCCAACCAGGUCAUCCACAGAGACAUCAAGAGUGACAAUGUACUGCUAGGAAUGGAUGGAUCAGUCAAACUCACGGACUUUGGCUUCUGUGCCCAGAUCACCCCAGAGCAGAGCAAGCGCAGCACCAUGGUGGGGACUCCAUACUGGAUGGCUCCAGAAGUAGUGACCAGAAAAGCCUACGGCCCCAAAGUGGACAUUUGGUCCCUGGGGAUCAUGGCCAUAGAGAUGGUGGAGGGGGAGCCUCCAUAUCUGAACGAGAAUCCUCUCAGAGCUUUGUAUUUAAUCGCCACCAAUGGAACUCCUGAGCUUCAGAAUCCAGAGAAGCUGUCCCCUGUUUUCAAAUCCUUCCUAUCCCGCUGUUUGGAGAUGGACGUGGAGAAGCGAGGCUCAGGAAAAGAACUGCUGCAGCAUCCAUUCCUGAAGAUUGCAAAACCUCUUUCCAGCCUGACUCCUCUCAUCCUGGCAGCCAAAGAAGCGAUGAAGAGCAACCGUUAAAUCUCUUCCCAAGAACUGUUGGAAAUGAUUUUUGUAUCUGGGAUUAAAAGUGUUCCGAAGCCACAGACGGUCAGCAUCUUCCUCUGGUCUACAUAGGAGGACCAUCGGCGAUCUGUGAUCAUUUUCAUGUUUAUUCCCAGUUGUGACAAAACACUGCUUUGUACCAAAACUGUUUUAUUAUUUGGGUUCCAAAGCUGUAGCAGUUUUUUUUUUCAGUUUGAACAACAAUCAGAGAGAUAAUUCAGUUUUUAUGGCCUUACAAAGUUUGAACAAUCAUAAACAUAAGACAUGUUUUUUGUCUUAAUUCUUUGUUUAAAAAAUUCGAAUUAGGUUUUCUAAAAAGCUGCACAUUUAGGAGGUGUUAUACGUGCCGUUUUUGUCCAAGUGUGCCAUGAAAAGCCAAAGUGUCCUUAGACUGCACCGUGAAACACUGCAGUAUCUUAAAGCAUCAUAUUUUGAAUUCUUUUUGAACAAUUCUUUAUUGAAAUCCACUCAGGCACCAAAACAGUUAUGUACUGAUGUACUGUAGAUUUUUAAAAUCCUUCGUUUUAUUGCAUGAAUUAAUAACAAAGUGCAAAAACUGCAGCUUUAUAGCUUUCACUGUUAGACUAGAAUAUGUUUGUUCUUCUGUGGCCUUGUGUUCACAAAAACUUUAUGAAACUGUUUAAAUUUAACCUGGAGGAUUUUUUUUUUCAUAUAUUGUACAAUGUUCUUUAUUUUACCAGCUUUUAUUAUUUGUAUAUCUCUGUUUAAUGUUUAUAACUAACAGCAGAACUCUGUUCAAAUUUUGCAAAUUUAUUUUUCUCUUGUCUUCAGGUUUCGAUUUAGAGACAAUCCUGUCCCUGAUGGUGCAGUUAUGGACUUUAAGCCAUGAAUGCUGUGGAACUUAGUGAAUUAUUAGACAUGUUUAGAAAAGUUCUUCUUUCUUUUUUUUUACAUCUUGAAAUCAAACCUGUUUGGCACAGAAUAAAAUCCUGACAGUAUGAGCCAUA